AUGCAUUAAAUUGAAUCAAAUAAUUUCACUUUGAAUUUUGAAUGUUUGCAAUAGGUUUUGAGUUAUAUUCCUAUUAAUUAAAGACUUUAAAUGAGAGAAUUAAAUACACUUUUUGAUUAAGCUGUUUGUUCAACAUUAAUCCCUUUACCUAUGAAUAAAAUUUAAGAUGAUCUAUUUAAACCAAAAGAAGUGAAUAAUUUAUUAUCUAAAUUCAUCAAACCAUAAGAAAUUAUAUUUCCAAGCAUAAAUAUAAGAGAAUUAUAAGAACUUGUGGUUCCAAAAGAUCUAUCAGAAUUGACAAAAUUUGAUUCGUAUUAAAUUACUGACAUCCCAUUAGAAUAUAUUGAAAAAAUAGUUGCUUAAUCAUCUAAAUUAAAAUCAUUUGGUUAUAAAAAUAAAAAAAAUGAUAAUUUGAACAAUAUCAUAUAAUCAUUAUCAAAAUUAGAAAUUUAGGAAUUUAAAUUUGGAGAGUGGAAUGAUUAAGUUAAAGAUAUGAUAAUUCAAUAAGCAGAUCAUUUAAAAAGCAUUACAAUUGAAAAAGGGAAUGAUGAAAUACUUAAAGACUUGAUUUCUUUAUAUAAUAAAAUGAAAGAAUCAGCUGCUAGUAAUGAUGAGAUUAAAUUUGAGUAGAAUGAGGUUUCGAAAAAAUUAAAUCUUUAAGAGAUAAAGUUUACCUAAUUUGAAAGUUCAUCUAAUUAAUAGUAGAGUCUUUAAAUUUUUGAAGAAUUACUUAAUUAAUAUAACUUGAAGGUUUUUCAUUUUGGUAUAAUUGAAGGAGAUUAUUAGGAAUAAUUUAUAUUAUUAAAAGAAAACUUUUUCUAAUAUCUUAAAGGUAUUUAUUGUUUUAUUAUUAAAUGAUAGGGAUUCAAGAGUUGUAAUUUGGAUUUAAGGAUUAAAAUUUAUUAAUGAAAGUAAAUCUUAAGAAAAUUGAAUGUUUAAAAUUAUCUGGAUUUAAUUUUAAGAAGGAUAAUUUUUAAUGGUUAAUGAAAUAAGCAAGAUUGUUUAAUAGGAUUGAUCUUAGGGAAUGUAAUUUUAAUUUUGCAUUUACUGAUAGCCUUGAGAAAGUGGAAUAAAAUGAAAAUAUUGUUGAUGUUUAUGUAAAAAGAAAUAUAAUAAUUUAAUAGGUUAAUACAAAAAUAACUGAUUAAUGUUCUUGUCAAUUAGCUUAAUUUUAAUACAAUAAUAUUUGGAUUAAUUUUAUAUUUCCAUUUUUGUAUGAUUUGGAUGAAGAGUUUGAACUUUAGAAACAAAAUAAAUGA